AUGCGGUGGGUUUUUCUGGGGAAUGGAGGGUUUGCGAUGGGUAUGGUUACGUUGUUUGCUGUGUGUUUACAUGCAAUUAUGGAGGGUCCUCCUAUGACAUUUGUAUUUCACCAUGGUGGAAAGUUUAAAAAGGAUGAGGGUGGAAAUAUGUACUAUGAGCCGGAUCACACAGAGGUGUUAAUGGGAGUUGAAGGUGACACACUGGACGUGUUCUUUGUGAAGGGAUACUAUGUGGAACUGGGAUAUGCUGAGGCUAGGGAGUAUUGGUGGAAAUCUCCAGGGGUUCCCCUUGAAUAUGGGCUGAGGAGGCUGGCCACAGAUCAUGAUUUGAUUGCAAUGGUGAAGGAUUGCAGGAGGAACUUCAACUUGAUCAACCUUCAGCCUACCAAACCUACCCCUGCUCCAUCUCAGACCAAAGAAAAGACCAAGGUCACUACCACCACAAGAGCUGGAAGGCAUGUGAAGACUUUGGAGGUUGAAGAAGAUAGUGACUCUCAUGACUCCUAUGAGAGUGCUAAGGACAGCCUUUACAAACCACCAAAUGUACUAAGGGAUGAUGAAUCUAGCAGUGACAGUGAUGAUGGUGUGAACUCUACUGGUCAGAACAAAAAAAGUGAGGUCAAAGAGAAGCACAAGCCUGCUAAGACCAGAUUAGCAGAGAAAGAAAUAGAGACUGACGAUUCAAGCUAUGAAGCUUCUGAGGAUGAGGAUGACAGUGACUCAGACCUAGAAGAUAAUCCCCUUGAUGAUGGUGAUUCGGAUCUCAACUCAUGGCACUCGGAGGACUCAGGCCAGGAAUUGGAGUCUGAUGAGGAAUCACCAACCAUAUAUCCUCAGUAUAAUGACAAGGCAAAGUUCGAGGACCUCAAAUUUGAGGUUAGUAUGAUAUUCAAAUCAAAGGAACAUUUUAUGCAUGCAACUAGGGACUACACAAUCCAGUUAGGUAGAAACAUAUUGUUUACAAAGAAUGACAAUGUUUGGGUUAGGGCUGUGUGUAAGGCUGACAGUUGUCCUUGGGUAGUAUACUGUGCACGUAGUAAGCAAGAUGGGUCAUGGCAGAUUAAAACCUUAGUUGACAACCAUAUCUGUCCUAGAAGGCAAAAAAAUAGGGCAGCUACCCAACAGUGGACACUAAGCAAACUUGUACCAAAACUUAGGAAGCACCCUAUAAUGAGACAUUGUGAAGUGUAUGAGUGGUUUGUGAGGAAGUGUAAUGUAAACCUCAAUAGCACCUGCAUCACUAGAGCAUUGAAAGCUGCUAGGAAAGUUGUAGAAGGGGAUGAAGUUGCCCAAUAUGGGUUAAUCUGGGACUAUGCUAAUGAAUUGCUUACAAGUAAUCCCGGGUCUACAGUUCAAGUAGGUGUAAUCCCGAUGCCAGAGGGUCCUCCUCAAUUUGAGAGGUUUUAUGUGUGUCUUGAUACCUGUAAAAAAGGUUUUAAGGCUGGGUGUAGACCGAUGAUUGGUUUGGAUGGGGCUUUUCUCAAGACCCUGCACGGUGGACAAAUAUUGACUGUGUGUGCUCAGGAUGCCAAUAAUCACAUCUUUGUCGUUACCUAUGCAAUUGUGGAUGUGGAAAAUAAAGACAACUGGAAAUGGUUUCUGGACCUGUUGCAGUCAGACCUUGGCAACUACAAUGAUAACAAGUUGUGCAUCAUUUCAGACAUGCAGAAGGGACUAAUCCCAGCAGUGAAGGAAGUCAUGCCCAUGGCCCAGCACAGAUUCUGUGUGUGGCAUCUAUGGCAGAAUUUUUCAAAACAAUGGGGUAGCACAGAGUUGAAAGACCUAGUCUGGGAGUGUGUUAGGUCAAGAACACGUAAUGAGUUCGAGAGGAACAUGAAGAGAGUAAAGGUCAUCAACGAGCAGGCUUGGCAGUAUCUUGAAAAGUGA